GAAUGAACCAAGAAAAUAGAAUCAAAAUAAAUGAUUCGUUGCUUAAAUUUUAUUGCAUAAAACAUAAGCAUAGACUCACAUUUUCUUUUCAACAGAUACACAUAAAUCUCAACAUAUGAUCUAAACUAGCACACUCUACAUGGCUUCAACCUCAUCUUCUUUCAAUCAAGGUCAUGUUUACCAUGUUUUCUUAAGCUUUAGAGGCGAAGAUACACGCGAGACUUUUACCGGUCAUCUUUACAAUGCUCUUGAUCAAAGGGGAAUCAACACUUUCAUAGAUGAUGAAGGUUUAAGGAUUGGAGAAGAGAUUUCACAAUCUCUUCUUAAUGCAAUUGAAGAGUCAAGGAUUUCAAUCAUCAUAUUUUCUAAGAACUAUGCUAAUUCAACUUGGUGUCUUGAUGAACUUGUCAAGAUUCUUGACUGUAACAAACAGAAAGGACAAGUUGUUUGUUCAGUUUUUUAUAAUAUUAGUCCAUCAGAUGUUAGGCAUCAGAGAGGAAGUUAUGAAGAAGCUUUUGAUAUGCUUGAACAAAGAUUUCAAGAUAACAAGGAAAAGGUGAAGAAAUGGAGGUUGGCUUUGACUCAAGCUGCAAACCUCUCUGGAUGGCAUUUUAGUAAUGGGUAUGAAUUUAAAUUUAUUCAAAGCAUAGUUGAUGAGGUGUCAAGAAAGUUGAAUCGAAUCCCUCUAAACGUCGCCACACACCCAGUUGGACUCCAGGCUCGUGUAUCAGAAGUUAAAUCUCUAUUAGAACUUGAAUGCAAUGAUGUUAAAAUGAUUGGAAUUUAUGGUAUUGGUGGAAUUGGUAAAACAACCAUUGCUAAAGCUGUGUACAACACAAUAUAUAAUCAAUUUCGAUAUGCGAGUUUUCUAGCAAAUGUAAGAGAAAAUGCAAAUCAUAAGGUUGGUUUAGUUAAACUCCAAGAGAGACUUCUUUUUGAGAUACUUGGAGAGCAAGGAAUGAAAUUAGGCAAUGUUGAUAAAGGAAUCAAUGUAAUCAAAGAUAGGUUAUGCAGAAGAAAAGUUUUGCUUGUUAUUGAUAAUGUGGAUGAUGUGGAGCAGUUACAAGCAUUAGUCGGUGGAUUUGAUUGGUUUGGUCCAGGAAGUCGGAUUAUCAUAACUACAAGAGACAAACAUUUGUUAACUGCUCAUGAAGUUGGUUUAACUUAUGAGGUGAAGAAGUUAAAUCAUAUUGAAUCUCUUCAACUAUUUAGUUGGAAUGCAUUUAAAAGAAGUGAACCUAAAGAUACUUACUUGGAUAUUUCGAAUCGCGCCGUUUCUUACGCAGGUCUUCCAUUGGCUUUAACUAUUUUAGGUUCUGAUUUGUGUGGUAGAAGUAUUCAUCAGUGGGAAUCUGCAUUGGAUAAGUACAAAAGAACCCCUAAUAGGAAAGUUCAAGAUAUACUCAGAAUAAGUUUUGAUGGUUUAGAGGAAAAUGAAAAGGAGAUUUUUCUCUAUGUAGCAUGUUUCUUUAAAGGAGAGAUAAUGGAAUAUGCUUCGAAAGCGCUGCGCGCAUGCGAUCUGCAUCCAGUUAUCGGUAUUGCAGUGCUUGUUGAUAAGUGUCUUAUAAACUUGGAUGAAAGAGGUGUAUUGUCAAUGCAUGAUCUUAUACAAGAUAUGGGGAAGGAAAUUGUUAGGCAAGAAUCACCAACGGAUCCUGGAAAACGCAGUAGGUUGUGGUAUUAUGAGGACGUGCUUCAAGUACUAUCGGAUGGAACGGGAACUGACAAGAUUCGAGGUAUAAUGCUAAGUCUACCUGAAAAGCAAGAGGUGCAUCUAAAAGCUCAAGACCUAAAGAAGUUAAGAAACCUUAGAAUGUUGAUAAUUCGGAAUGCUGAAUUUUUCGGAGGCAACAUAAAUCUACCAAACAGUUUAAGGAUGCUUGAUUGGGAGGAAUACCCUUCUCCAUACUUUCCAUCGGAUUUCCUCCCUGAGAAAAUUGUAAUGCUAGAGUUGCGGCGAAGUCAUAUAACAUUGAACAAGCCAUUCAAGAACUAUGCAAAUAUGACUUCUCUUAAUCUUAGUUCAUGUGAAUUCCUGAUAAAAAUACCUGAUGUAUCGGGGAUACCGAACUUAGAGCAAAUUAUUCUAGAGGAUUGUAAGAGCUUAGUAGAGAUUCAUGAAUCUAUUGGAUCACUUGAUAAACUAGUUUAUUUAGGUGUUGAAAGGUGCACUGAGAUAAAAAAGUUACCAAGUAUCCUAAACUUGCCAUCUUUAUCAUGCAUUGCUCUUAAUGGAUGUUCUCAACUUGAGAACUUCCCAGAGUUAUUGGGAAAAAUGGAAAGCCUGAGAAUCAUCGAGGCAGACGAGACGGCUAUACAAGAAUUGCCUUCUAAUAUGGUCAAUUUCAGCAACCUUCAAGUGUUAGUACUAAAGUCUUGCAAAAAUCUUAAGGAUCCUAAUGGAACCAUUUCCUUGUUGCCAAAUCUUGAAUUACUUGAUAUUUCAGGCUGUCCAAAACUUCAACUAUUUCAAAAGUCCAAUGAAAGGUCAUCAAGUUUAGAGUUAUCACCAAAAGCAUGUCAAGAUUUUGACUCUUCAGGCAUCCAAUCCUCACAUGGUUUCCCGUUGUUGGAAACACUCGAACUCAGUAACUGCAGUCUAUCAGAUGAAUAUCUACAUAUCCUUAGUUGCUUUUCAAACCUCACAUCCUUAGACAUAUCAAGAAACCAUUUUGUAACCAUACCUAAAUGCUUCAACAGACUCAGUACCUUGCAGGAGCUUUACAUGGCCAAUUGCAAGAAUCUUCAACAAAUUCUUGGAAUUCCAUCUAAUUUAGAGGAUAUAGAUGCCACUAGUUGCACAAUGUUGAAUUCACAAUCAUUGAAAAUGUUAUUAAACCAGGGAAUCAAUAAGGCAUUCAAAUUUGAAGUUAUAGCACCAAGGCCUAAACUACCAAUGCCAUUCAAGUUCAACUACCUUAGCAAUGAAGGAUCCUUGUCAUUCUGGAUUGGUCAGAAGUUUCCAAGGAUCACUCUAUGCUUCAUAUUUGAACUAGGAAAUAAUAGAAUUGGAUUUUUCGCUUGUGAAGUGGAGAUAUCUAUUAAUGGACAGAAAGCAUCUAGUAGAGAACAGUACUUCUUUUCAGUCUCUGGUGAUCUUGUAUGGCUGUAUCAUCAAGAAAAUUUGAUAGAUUUAGAUACAUAUUUACUGCAUGAACAGAAUUAUGUGGAAAUUUCUUGUGAAAUUUUUGACGCGAGUAAAGGCGCAAAUGUGACAAUAUGCUUUUCUGGAGUUCAUGAGUAUACGGAAGACGAGGAAGAUAAGAAACCAAAUCUGAUAUUAAGCACAAGUACUAGGCCUUGUAAUAAUGAAAACUUGGAUGACACACAAUUUUCAAGGGAAAAACAUGAAUAUCAAUGUCAAGAUGAAAAUAAGUUGGAAAUUGACUGUUGCACUUUGCCUCAGAAUUUAAGGCUUCACGAAAUAUCAAAUGAACAGACACAACAACUUUCUGCUUCAAUAAGCUCAGAAAUGCUUGAAGCUAAGGAGAUAUGUUCUAUGGCUCGGAAGAAUGGAAAAACUACAGAUAUUUUUUCAGAUGAUACAAUACAUCAAAGCAAGGAGAUAUGUUCAUUGAAUAUACAGCUAUAUGAUGAUAGAAUUUGGGAUCCAAUGCUAUUAGAAUGUCAGUUAAACUGUAUGAAUGAGAAGAAUAAAGAAAAAAUCGAACCGGAGCCAAUAAAUCAUGAAAAUAAUAGCAAUGAUAUUUCUGUGAUUCCUAAGGAGAAUGACAAGUGUGAAUUUGGCGAAACCGCCAGUGAAGACGGUAUGGAAUCAUUUUAUUCUGCCCUCCAUGCUGAGACAUUUUCUCCAUUAGAAGAUACUAAAGAUGAUUCAAAACUGGCUUAUCCUAAAAUGAGUGAAGAAAUCAAGAAAGCCUUGGAAAUUCUGAAAGAACUACUUUCAAAACAAAUUUCUCAUUUUCUAGAACCAACAUCAUCAACAUCUAUGAAAUCGAGUUUGGAAUAUCUUUGUACUUUAAUUGCAGAUGAUGAUGUCUCAAUGAGGUUAAAGUCUGUUAUAUUACAACUUUUAGCUGACUUUACUCAGUGGAGCUGUGACUACAAUGAUGCAAACAUGAAACUUGAGUCCUCAACUUUAGUAUUAUCAAAGCUACAAAAACUUGAAGAGGGUGUUGUGGCCAACAAGGAUCAGUUCAGUGAGUUUGUGUCCAUAGAAAGUGAGUUAACAAGUCAACUAGUUUAUUUGGAAGAAAGAAUGAAAGAGCUACAAGAGCAAAUUAGUGUCAUUAAAGAGAACCUUUCAAUCUCUGAAGUGGCUAGGGACGCUGCUGUUAGAAAGAAAAGAGAAACUUUUGACGAAGGAAGAGAGUUGAAAGCUCAAAGAGAUGAGUUGAGAAAGCGAAGGCUGCGGUUGAGAGUAGAACAAGAAUCAGCCAAAGCUACCAAAGGAUACAUUGAGGAUGAGUGGUCGAAGAUUGGAGAGAAAUUUGAUAGAAUCUUCAAAAUAUUUGGGUUAGCUUAUUGAGUAAGAUACAUUUGAUCUAUAUCUAGGAAGUUUUAGUUAUGUUUGUUAGAAAUUGAUAUUUUUCUAACAUAUUACUUUUCUUGUUAUGUCACAUUACUUGUUUGGUCAUUUUGCUUGUUAUGUCACUUUGCUUGUCAUGUCACUUUACUUGUCUUGUUUUUUAUAAUAAUUAGAUUCUUGCUUGUCAAGAUAGUAAAGUAGACCAAAUCUAAUGAUGUCUACU